AUGUCUUUCCUUCAUAAUCAUUCUUGCGAGUGCGUUAAGUCAGAAUUGGAUUUGUUUGCACUACCGUCUACACAAACUAGCAUUGAAAAUGGAUUGUGGAUUCAUUAUAACCCAAUUUCAUCUCUUGGUGAUGAUGGACCUAUCGAGUUUCAAGUUCCUGGGACCGGCGAUGACUACAUAGAUUUGUCUCAUACAUUACUCCACAUAAAGGCAAAAGUAUUAAAUCAAGAUUCAACUAACUUGGUAUCUACUACAAUAGUAGCACCUGUAAAUAAUUGGCUGCAUUCACUUUUUAGUCAAAUUGAUGUUUAUUUAAACCAAAAACUUGUAUCACCACCUAAUAAUACCUAUGCAUAUCGAGCAUACAUGGAAACCCUUUUAAACUAUGCCCCUGCUGCUAAACAAUCUCAUCUUACUUGUAGUCUUUGGUAUGAGGAUACAGCAGGAAAAAUGGAUUCUACAGAUGGUAAAAACAUAGGAUUUGUUAAAAGACAGGAAUUGAUUAGUGAAAGUAAGGAAAUAGAAAUGAUUGGUCAUCUUCACGGUGACAUUUUUAACCAAGAUAAAUUUUUAAUUAAUGGUGUUGAAAUGAGUGUUAAAUUGGUUCGAUCAAGAGAGAGUUUUAAUUUAAUUGUUGGGUCGAACGAUGUAAAGUUUAAAGUUUGCAUUACGGACGCAACUUUUAUUGUGCGACGAGCACGAAUUAAUCCAAGUGUAUUACUCGCACAUCAAAAAGUUUUAGCUUCUACCACUGCUAAAUAUCCUAUUACUCGAGCUGAAGUAAAAGUUUUAACAAUUCCUUCAGGUGUUCAAGGAAAAACUCUUGAUAAUAUAUUUUUAGGACAGGUACCGAAAAGAUGUAUAAUUGGAUUUGUGAACAAUUCUGCAUUUAAUGGUUCCCUUACUAAAAAUCCAUUUAACUUUGAAAACUAUGGUAUUAAUUCUUUCAGCUUAUAUAUUGAUGGUCAACAAAUACCUUCAAAAGCUUUGCAACCAUCUUUUAAUAAUAGCAUAUUUACAUCAGCAUAUCAUACUCUAUUCUCGGGAACUGGUAUUCACUUUCUUAAUGAAGGAAAUGGAAUCUCUUGUGAACAGUAUGGCAAAGGUUACUGUCUAUUAGCAUUUGACUUAACUCCUGAUUUAUCAGCUAACUCAUCAACUCAUUGGAAUCUCAUAAAGCAUGGUAGUGUAAGAAUAGAAGUACGAUUUGAAUCCUCAUUAAUACAAACAAUUAACUGUAUAGUUUAUGCUGAGUUUGAUAAUAUUAUUGAGAUAGAUAAAAACAGAAAUGUUACUGUAGACUAUAGUAGUUAA